UAUUCACUGAAGUCAAAUCAAAGGCAGUAUGUCUAGUUUGCAAACAGUCUGUUGCUGUUUUAAAAGAGUACAAUAUCUGUCGUCAUUAUGAAACAAAACAUUCUGCAGCUUUCUCAAAGUACAGCGGCGAGGAGCGAAAACAGAAGGCUAACGAGCUGCUUGCUAAACUUCGUAAAUGAAACUUUUGAAGUGACACAAGAGCUGGCUGGCAUUGAGACCCUUUCUGGUACUACUAAAGGAGAAGAUCUCUUUUUUGCUGUUGAGAGAGUGUUGGAAAAAAAUGAAUUAAAGUGGGAGAAGAUGGCUGGCAUUACAACUGACGGAGUGCCGGCGAUGGUAGGGAGGAAAUCUGGCCUUGCUACUUUUGUGUCUCAGAAAGUCAGUGAAUGUGGAGGAAAAGUUGUUAAGUACCACUGCAUUUUGCAUCGAACAACUAUGUGCUAAAUCUGUCGGGCUUGUGGAUGUGAUGCGUGACGUCGUAAAAAUUGUCAACAAUAUACGCUCCAAGGCGCUUUCUCACCGACAGUUCAAGGCACUGAUGGAUGAGAUGGAUGCGCAAUAUAAUAUGGUGAUGUGUUGUACCACCAGGAGGUCAGAUGGCUCAGCCGAGGAAACGUUCUCAGGACAUUUUUUGAUCUGUGUGAUGAGAUCAGAGUUUUUCAGGAAAGCAAGGAUGGUAAUAUUCAAGUGCCCACUGAUAAGAAAUGGCUCUCUGACCUGGCUUUCCUUGUGGAUGUAACAGAGAUGCUCAAUGUUUUGAAUGUUCAGCUCCAGGGAAAGGACCAGAUUAUCACCCAGCUUUCUGAUCACGUCAGAGCCUUCAAACAAAAACUACUGCUGCUCAGAAGACAUCUCUCAGCAGGAAAUUUAGCCCAUUUUCCCUGUCUUGGAGAGGUAGGCAUGGUGAAAGAGAAGGUCCAUGAGUAUGAUGCUGUUCUCAGCAACCUUAUCCAGGAGUUUGACAGUCGCUUUGAGGACUUCAUACACAACACUGCUGACUUUGAGUUGUUUGCUCAACCCUUCACCAUCAGUGUGGAUGCAGUCAGAGAUGAUAUUCAGAUGAAACUAAUUGAGCUUCAGUGUGAUUCAGAACUGAAACACAAGUUCACAUCCCUUCCCUUGACAGACUUCUACAAAUGUGUCCCAGCAAACAGGUACCCAAAGAUGUGUAAGUAGGCACAAGUGAUGCUGUCUCUGUUUGGCAGUACCUACCUCUGCGAGCAGACUUUCAGUCUGAUGAACUUGAACAAGAGUAAACUCAGAAGCAAAAUAACUGACUCUCACCUACAUAAUAUCUUGUCUUUGUCUGUAAGUCAGCUACAGCCCAAUCUUGAAAAACUUCUGAAAAAUAAGGACCAGCUUCAUAUCUCUCAUUAGGUCACUGACAUUGCAACCACAUGGUUUUAUUAUUGCUAGUGUAUUUGGUAUUGAACUGUAUGUAUUGUACAUUGAACA